UUCCAGCUCUAAACUGAAACACAACGUAGUAUACGUACGUCCCUUUGGCUCAAGCGAGGAAAUUGGUUUCAAGUUUCAACACUGGAAGUGUGCUGCUUUCAGCUUUGAGUAUCUCCCCUUCAGUGUACCAGAUGCUCUUGGUCUAAAUCUUUACCAAACUUUCUCAUCCAGAUGUGCACCCAUGUCAUCCUUCAUUGCUAGCUAGCUAGUCAGCAAGUGUCACACUACUUCGACCAAUCUAUAUGCUCGACCAAAUUCCACUAGCUACCACCCGAGACACGAUAUGGGCUGCUCGAAUAUCCCCAUUUUGUCAUGUACAGAAUUUCCUGUGAAUCCAAAUGCCAUAGAAAACAAAAACAGAGAUUCUGCCAGCCAGCUUAAACACACAGAAUAAAAAAAAUUGUCUCUUUAUUAUCGAUUCGAAACAAAAUCCUUGUUUCUUAAUAGCAAAAUAACAGCGUGCCAAGGAAAGUAAUGGACUAUGUCUAUCACAUUAGUUAGGAAUGUACUGGCCUAUGUCUAUUACAUUAGUCAUAACGACAUUCGGCAUAUAAAAGAGAAGAUCAGUUUGACAGUUAGGAAGACAACUUUGAUCCCACUCCACCUUUUCUGAUUCUGCCAGUUUCUGUUAGUUACCAAAUGAAUCCACAAACUACUAAAAAUGCCGUUCGACAAAUCUCAAAAUGCACCAUCAGACCACACCAAGUCUUAGAAGAAUCAAAGCAACCACACUAUUUGACUCCAUGGGAUCUACCCCUUUUCAAUUUACAUUACAUUCAAGACGGUCUUCUCUUUCGGAAACCCGCAACUUCAAUAGAAGAUCCAAACCCAACCGUAACCUUCAUCGAUCAACUUAAACACUCCAUGUCUAUCACAUUAACACAUUUCUACCCACUAUCAGGUCGUAUGGUGACUAAACAGCAAGACAAUCCACCAUUUUAUGGGAUUUACGUAGACUGCAGCGAUGACUCUGUAGGAGCGGAGUUCAUUCAUGCUGCUGCAGACAUAAUUAGUAUGACGGAUAUUUUCACCCCAACCGACGUACCCAGAAUUGUUCAAUCAUUCUUCGCUCUUGAGGGAGCCAAUUGCCAUGAUGGACAUACCGAGCCUUUGUUAGUGGUACAGGUGACAGAGCUACUGGACGGCAUUUUUGUAGGCUGCAGCUUUAACCAUGUUAUAGGUGACGGGACUUCUUUCUGGAAAUUCUUCAAUGCGUUCUCAGAAAUUACCAGGAAAGUAAGAAAAGCUAGCAAAGAAGCAGGUGAUCAACAAAUUGAGUGCAAUAUUUCUCGUCUGCCAAUAACCAAGCGCUGGUUUAUGGAAGAUCCAACCCUCAUCAACCUUCCAUUCUCUCAUCAUAAAGAAUUCAUCGAACGAUAUGAACGACCACUUCUCAGAGAAAGAAUGUUUCAUUUCACUGAAGAAUCAUUGGCGAAACUCAAAGCUAAAGCCAAUGAAGAAUGCAACACAAAACAUGCUCAAAUCUCUUCUUUUCAAGCCUUAAGUGCUCUUGUAUGGAGGUCAAUAACAAGAGCACGCCAUUUUACUUCGGACAGAAAAACAGACUGCAGGUUGGCAAUUGACAAUAGAUUGAGAUUGAACCCACCUCUUUCUGAGAACUACUUUGGUAAUUGCGUUCAAUCAGUUUGUGGGACUACAACUGCUGGGGAGCUAUUAGAACAUGGUAUUGGAUGGGCGGCCUUGCUUUUGCACGAGGCUGUAAAGGAACACACCAAUGAGAAAAUCAGGGGAUCGAGAGAUGAAUGGAUGAGGAAACCAUAUAUACUUAAGAUGGGGCCUUUGCUAGAUGAUGCUAGUGUACUGAUGGGAAAUUCACCUAGAUUUGACAUUUAUGGUUGUGAUUUUGGGCUGGGAGUGGCAGUGGCUGCACGUUGUGGAUUCGCUAAUAAAUUCGAUGGGAAGGUGACAUCAUACCGUGGUCUAACAGGGAUAGGGAGUGUGAUGCUUGAGGUUUGCCUUCCACCUGAAUCAAUGAGUGCACUUGAAUCUGAUGCAGAGUUUAUGGAUGCUGUAUCUCGUCACGAAAUUCAUUCUGUGCAUCUUGCAUGUGUUUAAUUAGCCUUGCUAGUUUUGCCACUGGGUU